AGGUCCCACCCAAGGAUUUCUCCCACGGGGCGGAGGCAGCAUCAUUGUUAGUUCGCCUGGUACGUGCGCUCCCGCGGGGCUUCCUGCUCCGCACCAUGCUCGAACCCUUGGUACAGGAACUGUUGGAGGCCAUCUUCUGUGACUGGCCCCGAACCCUACCAUCGCUGCAGGAUCUCAAGGAAUCCGAAGUGACUUGCGAACGCCUCGGGCAACUUAGCACCUACGCGCAGCUCAUCAGCGGUCUGCGAGCGAACUUGCAGGUGGCCCAAAAGGCCACCGAAGAAAUGAAGCAGAAGGAGAGCACGGCGAGCAUGCUCGCGAAAACCAAGAGCCGUGCUUAUGAGGAACUUCGGGUUCAAGUCCGACGAUUGGAGGACGAGCGCGAUCAGAGCCGCGUCGCCAAAGAUGUGGCGCAGAAGCAGUGCGCCGAGGCGGAGGAGUUCUUUGAAGUCUUCAAGCAGCAGACCAAGUUGGCGCUGAACGAUUACGGCGAGAUGCAGUACCGUGAAGCCACCAUCAGAUCGGACCUGAACAAUUUGCAGGUUCACUGCAAAGAGAAGGAUCUGCUCAUCAGCGAGUUGCGCAACCAGACCACGGCGCUGACUCAUGAGACGCACGAGUUGGAGGAGAAACUCUUGAAGGUGCGUGAGGAGAUGGAGCGGCGGACUGCGGACGUGGAAUUGUUGCCGGAGCUCUACAAGAAGUUGCAGUACUAUGAGUCAGAGGAGGCCUCGAGUCGAGCGGUGCACGGCGUGGAGUUUGCGCGCCGCGUGGUGGACGAGGUGUUGGGGAAAAGCAUGGAAGAGCUCACAGGCCGUUUGCCUUCAUCCAUGCCGAUGGAGAAGAGAACGCAGAUCUGCAUGGAUAGCGUGGUGGAUCAUCUGGUGUCCGCCAUGCGCGACGCCGAGAAGUUGAAAGAGCAGGUUUUGAAGAUGCAGCAGCUUUUGGAAGAAGUGAAGCAGCUGGUGCCAAUUUGGAAUGAACACACCAUGCAGGACGUGGUUGAGGCCUAUGAUGAAGACGCAGCAGUGCAUCGACAGGUGACGGGCUUCACUUGUCCAGAUUUUCACACUCCAUAA